ACAAGAAAAUAAGGAGAUAACCUCUCUUGCGCAAUUGCUUGCCCCAGGGAAGUAACUUGCCUGUUUCAAACCAAUUUUACAUCAAAAGUAAACAACUGCAUCGUUAAAUUAAGUUCAAAAAGUGUAAAAUAGGCCAGCCACAAUGUAUGGAUAUCGAGUAGUACGUGCCAUUCUCUGUCCUACUGUUCAACGGAGCCUCAAGCAUUUAAUCUACCGCAGAAACUUUGGAACUCAAGUGCUAGCAUUUAAUCUACGAGCUCCGGCCGUGUCAGUGAUUCCAUCUCGCAACUAUGCCUCCGAGAAAAAAGUUUUCCAACGUACAAAGCCGCAUUGCAAUGUCGGCACAAUUGGACAUGUCGAUCACGGGAAGACAACUCUGACGGCAGCAAUCACAAAGGUUCUGGCCGAUAAGGAACUGGCGGAGAGUAAGAAAUAUAGCGAUAUUGACAAUGCACCGGAAGAGAAGGCUCGUGGUAUUACGAUUAAUGUGGCCCAUAUUGAAUACCAAACUGAGAACAGGCAUUACGGACACACCGAUUGCCCUGGACAUGCUGAUUACAUUAAGAACAUGAUUACCGGUACCGCACAAAUGGAUGGAGCUAUUCUGGUCGUAGCUGCAACCGAUGGUGCUAUGCCUCAAACCCGAGAGCAUUUACUUUUGGCCAAACAAAUCGGUAUCGAUCACAUCGUCGUUUUCAUCAACAAAGUCGAUGCUGCUGAUUCGGAAAUGGUUGAUCUGGUCGAAAUGGAAAUCCGGGAACUUUUGACCGAAAUGGGUUACGAUGGUGAUAAUGUUCCAAUUAUCAAAGGUUCUGCACUUUGCGCACUGGAGGGAAAGAAUCCAGAAAUUGGAUCGGAAGCUAUCGUCAAGCUUUUAGAAGAGGUCGACAAACAUAUUCCAACCCCUGUUCGAGAUUUGGAUAAGCCAUUCUUGCUUCCAGUUGAAAAUGUGUACAGCAUUCCAGGUCGUGGAACUGUCGUGACCGGUCGUUUGGAACGCGGUACAAUUAAGAAAGGAAAUGAAUGCGAGUUUGUCGGUUACAACAAAGUGAUGAAAUCAACAAUUACUGGAAUUGAAAUGUUCCAUCAAAUCUUGGAGGAGGCUCAAGCUGGUGACCAAUUGGGGGCAUUAGUUCGAGGAGUUAAACGUGACGAUAUCAAACGAGGAAUGGUUAUGUGCAAGCCGGGAACAGUUAAACCUCUUGAUCAUUUUGAAGCCCAAGUUUAUAUCCUCAGCAAGGAGGAAGGCGGACGUUCUAAACCAUUCACCAGCUUCAUUCAAUUGCAAAUGUUUUCGCGAACAUGGGAUUGUGCAACUGUUGUCAAUAUUCCUGGAAAGGAAAUGGUUAUGCCAGGCGAAGAUGCUAAACUCGUCUUGAAGUUGAUUAGACCAAUGGUUUUGGAGAAGGGUCAACGAUUCACGUUGCGUGAUGGUUCCAUCACUUUGGGUACUGGUGUUGUGACGAAUAUUCUUACUCCUCUCUCUGAUGCUCAGCGAGCAGAAUUAACUGAAGGUAAAAAGGCACGAGAGAAAAAGGCAGCGGGCAAAAAUUAGGUGAGGACGAUAAAGAGCAUAUUGUUCGCGAAAUUGUUUUGUAUUUUAAUUGUGUACGUGUACGAUUAGUGAUUUACAUUUAAUAUAUUAAUUAUAACGGAA